AUGUCUGCCACCACUGAAAUCACUCUCAAUGAGAUCGCCAAGCACAACACCAAGAAGGACCUCUACCUGAUUGUCCACGACAAGGUCUACGACUGCACCAGCUUCGUCGAUGAGCACCCUGGUGGCGAGGAAGUCCUCCUCGACGUCGGCGGCCAAGACAGCACCGAAGCCUUCGAAGAUGUCGGCCACAGCGACGAGGCGCGCGAGAUCCUCGACGGUCUCCUCGUCGGCACCGUGAAGCGCCUGCCCGGCGACCCCAAGCCCAAGGCCAACCCCAGCGCCAGCUCCUCCUCCUCCUCCUCUUCCUCCUCCGCCUCCGGCUUCGGCGUCGGUCUCUACGCCUUCCUCCUGAUCGGCGGUGCCGUUGCCUACGGCGCUUACAACUACCUCCAGGCCCAGCAGGCUCAGCAGCAGUAA